GGUUUGUCUUUUCCUUUUUGUCAUAUUAUUAGUUCUGAGAAAAAAAAAAAGCGAAGUUGAAUUCAUAUGUAGAAAAGUUAUUAUCAUUACUUUCAAUUCUUCUUCUUGAGUUAUUUUGUAAAAAACAUAACCAUUAUUUUCAAUCAUUUCCGUUUAUUUUCUUCUAAAUAAGACUUUCCGUUCCUCUUUUUGUUCAUCGUUUGGUUUUCUUUUCCCUCAAUGCAUGCCUCAAAAUCAUAUAUUUCCUCCUACCCGUCUCAAAAUGUGCACCUUAAUUUCACGCAUUGCUAAUUUGUAAUUUCUAACCUCUUUUUUUUUAGGGUUCGACCUUAUUCAUUAAUUUUCUUUGUUCAUCAUGGCUCAUAUCUAAAAGCUUUGGAUUCUACAAAUUUUAUGUUCUAGGUUAACAAUGCUCAAGCAAUUUCUUAGCAAGAAGUCUCAAAAAUCGCUAAAAUAUGAUUCGGACAAGUCGAGUCGAAGCGACUCUUCACCUUCCACCAUUGAUUCGUCACGCGCCCUUAUUAGAACGGGCUGUUGGUCGCACAUUGAUGAAGAUUCUUCCUUAGCACAAGCUAGCACCACAAAAGAAUCUUCAGUUCCAUUAUUUCUUUUGAUGAAUAUGACAGUUGGGAUUACUCAACCUUCCAUGCCAUUCAAGGAUGUUCCCAAUAAUGAUGAAAAGUUGAAUCUAUUCAUGAGUAAGUUGAGCCUUUGCUGUGUCACAUUUGAUUUUACAAACCCUAAUUGCAACAAAGACAUAAUGAUGCAAAGAGAUCUAAAGAGGAGAAUUUUGAUUGAACUUGUUGAUUUUGUGGCCUCUUGGUAUGAUGGUAAUAACAAGUUUAAUGAAACUACCAUCCUUGCCAUGCGUGGGAUGUUUACCAUAAACCUAUUUAGGGUUUUUCCACCGAAUUAUAGUGAUGAUGGCGAACCUAGAUUCGACUCGGCCUGGCCUCAUCUUCAAUUUGUUUACGAGUUAUUGCUUAAAUUCAUCACUUCACCGGGUCUAGAUGUAAAAAUUGCGAAGAAAUACAUCGAUUAUUCAUUUAUAUUGAAGUUGCUCGAUUUAUUCGAAUCCGGGGAUCCAAGAGAAAGAGAUUGCUUGAAGACAAUUCUACAUAGGCUCUAUGGGAAAUUCACAAUGCAUAGAUCAUAUAUUCGAAAAUCAGUUAACAACAUAUUCUACAGUUUUGUGUAUGAGAAUGAGAAACACCGUGGGUUUGGUGAGUUGUUAGAGUUUUAUGGAAGUGUGAUUAGUGGGUUCACUUUGCCAUUAAAGGAGGAACACAAGAUAUUUUUGUGGAGAGUUUUGAUCCCAUUGCAUAAGCCAAAAUCUUUGGGAGUGUAUUUUCAGCAAUUAUCAUAUUGUAUAAUGCUAUUUAUAGAGAAAGAGCAAAAGUUAUCAAGCAUUGUGAUAAGGGGUUUGUUAAAAUAUUGGCCAAUAACAAAUAGCCAAAAGGAGGUGUUGUUCUUGGGUGAAAUUGAAGAAAUUUUGGAAUCAAUUCAUAUGGUAGAGUUCCAAAGGAUCAUGGUCCCAUUGUUUUGGCGAAUUGGGUGUUGCAUUAAUAGCUCACACUCUCAGGUAGCUGAAAAGAGUCUUUUGUUAUGGAACAAUGAGCGCAUUGCGAAUUUAAUUGCUCAAAACUGCCAAACAAUCCUACCUAUCAUAUUUCCAGCUUUAGAGAGAAAUAUUAAAAGCCACUGGAACUCAGAAGUUGUGACUUUAACUCAUAACAUUAGAAAGACUUUCUUGGACAUGGAUAAGAAGUUGUUCCUUUCUUGUCAUUCUCGACUCAAGGAGCAAAAGGUCAUUUUGAACUUAGAAGCUGAGAAGCGAAAGGAAGCUUGGAAACGACUAGACCAUGUAGCUAGUCUCAAGCAUCCUCUCAUUGGAAAUAAUAAUCAUAAUAAUUCUACUAUUUCUUCAUUUUCUCCUUCUAAGACCUCAUGAUCAUGGAUUU